GGGCCAUGAUAGAUUAUGCCAUUACUUGGGGCAGUGAUCCAGAGCCAUGGAUGGCUGCAUUUGGCAGAAGUGAGACGUCUGUCUCUCAGCUCGUCACUGCAGUUAAAAUUUGUUCCAAACAGUGAUAGCAUCAGGAACCAAGCUGCCGUACUUUGAAAACUCCGUUCCUGGGUGUGGGACAUCUGGAGUGAGUGUAUCCGUGAGGGUCUGAAGGAAAGGAAGGGUGCAACAAUGAAUGCAGGCUCAUGCGGGUGAGGGGUGCCCAGAAGGCCAGAGGCUGGAGUUGGUGUGGGUGGGCUUCUCUUGGAGACUCAACUCUUCGCUUUCGAUUGGAUCUCAGCUGGGCAAGCCUGCUCUCCUCCGUAGGUAGCCAUGAGUGCCAUCCCCAUCCCCAUUCUAUCUCCAUGGACUCCUUGCUAGCCAUGCCCCCAAAUUUCCAACCCCGGCGCAUGGAUCCAGUUGAUAUUGAUCACAUCGGAUUCCUUGCAGUUCCAGAAAAAGAAAUCAGUCCUGCCAGCCUCAUGCAUUCAGAUUGUGAUUUGGACAGAGAGACAGAGCGAGCUAAUAUUUGUAUUUGGUUUGAGCUCUUCCUAAUAGCAAUAUUGAGGCCGCUUAAUCGUUACCAUUCUUGAUGUAGAGAUGUUCCUCUCCUCUCCUUCAUGCACUUCUCUAAAACCAUAUUACAGCUCUCUGAAACCUUGCUCCUUGUCCAUCCUAGUUCGUCGCAUUUCCGAGUUCAGACUGGG